GGGUUAGCAUUUAAAAUUGCCGCUCCGCAGCCAGCAACCAGAGCUGCCACAUCGUAAGUGGGUGCAACGGUCACACUGGGGCUAUGUUUUGGUUUGUGCGAUUUCACCAUUACACAGCUUUUUAUUAAGACAAACAUGAGUUUCGCUAAGAAUCUGGUAUAUUCGCGACUUAAAUUGUUAAAUAAAUACAGUCGGAGUGUAAAUACAAGUGCAAUUAGACUACAAAAUGUGCAACAGGUGACGACGGGCAAACGAAUAUGCAUUGUGGGCGCUGGUCCAGCCGGUUUCUAUGCAGCUCAAUAUUUACUCAAACAGCUGAGCGACUGCACCGUGGACAUUGUUGAGAAGCUGCCGGUGCCUUUUGGAUUGGUGCGAUUUGGUGUUGCGCCCGAUCAUCCGGAGGUCAAGAAUGUCAUCAAUACGUUUACAAAAACUGCAGAAAAUCCGCGCUUACGUUUCUUUGGCAAUGUUAGCCUUGGCCAGGAUAUCAGCUUGCAGGAGUUGAGGCAACGCUAUCACGCUGUGCUGCUCACCUAUGGCGCGGAUCAGGAUCGAGAGUUGCAGCUACAAAAUGAGCAGGAACAACAUGUCAUAUCCGCGCGCAAAUUUGUGGCUUGGUAUAAUGGUUUACCUGGAGCGGAGCAACUGCAGCCGGAUCUGAGCGGACGUGAUGUAACGAUUGUGGGACAGGGCAAUGUGGCUGUCGAUGUGGCGCGCGUGCUGCUGAGUCCAAUAGAUAAACUGAAGAUUACAGAUACCACGGAGUAUGCUCUGGAGGCUUUGGCGCGCAGUCAGGUGCAGCGUGUGCAUCUGGUGGGACGUCGUGGACCACUGCAAGCUGCCUUUACCAUCAAAGAGCUGCGCGAAAUGCUCAAAUUGCCUAAUGUAACAACUAAUUGGCGCUCAUCUGAUUUUACGGGCAUAGCAGAGCAGCUGGAGCAGCUGCAGAGACCAAGGAGACGUCUAACCGAGCUAAUGCUCAAAAGUCUGAGCGAGCAAAGCACUCGCAGCUCAACAGCUGCAGCGGGCAGACAAUUUCUGCCCGUCUUUCUGCGUGCCCCAAAAGCCAUCUCUGCCAAGGAAAUGGAAUUUGCUGUCACGCAGCUCCGUGAGGGUGUAGCGGUGGCUACGGACGCCACGGAAUGCCUGCCAGCUGAUCUUAUAUUGCGCAGCAUUGGCUAUAAAUCCAGCUGCGCGGAUGCAGGCAUCAAUUUCGAUCCACAACGUGGACAUGUGCGCCAUGAGCAAGGACGUGUGCUAAAGGAUGGUGAAGAGAAAAGCGUGGAACCAGGGCUCUAUGUGGCUGGAUGGCUGGCCAGUGGACCUACGGGCGUCAUCUUGACCACUAUGAAUGGCGCCUUUGCUGUAGCCAAAACCAUCUGCGAUGACAUAACAGCAAAAGCUUUCGACACAGCUUCAACCAAACCUGGAUUUGAGGUGGGCAGCCAGAGAAUUGUCAGUUGGGAUGGUUGGCUAAGAAUUGAUCAACAAGAAUGCGAAGCUGGCAAAUCCAAGGGCAAGCCUCGAGAGAAAAUUGUGGAUAUUGAGCAUAUGCUGACCAUUGCAGGAGUCUGAUCAACCUUGAUGGAGCUGUUAGCCUUAUUCGAG